UGCAUGUUCAGAAAUUAAUUAACCAAGAAUAGACACCACAAAGCAUGGAGUCGCAGCUUCUUCUUCCUCUUCUGCUUCUGGCGUUCAUCCAUCUCCUGAAUCCUUUGUCUGUCUCAGCUCAAAUCAACGACGACUCCAUUGCCGAUCGCAAGGCCCUUCUCUGCCUCAAGUCCCAGCUCCACGACCCCUCCGGAGCACUAGCCUCAUGGGGAAACGCAUCUCUUGCAGUGUGCGACUGGAACGGAGUCACAUGCAGCAAGAGCAAUCCAUCCAGGGUUCUUGCAUUAGACCUCGAGUCACAGAGCAUCGCCGGCCAGAUUUUUCCUUGCGUUGCCGGCCUUAGCUUCCUCUCCAGACUCCACAUGCCCGGCAACCAGCUCAACGGCACGAUCUCUCCAGAGGUUGGGCAGCUAACCCGGCUAAGGUAUCUCAACCUCAGCGUGAAUUCUCUUACCGGUGAGAUACCGGAGACCAUAUCAUCGUGCUCUCUCCUCGAGAUCGUCGACCUGUUCAGCAACUCCAUCGAAGGUCAGAUCCCUCCUGGUCUUGCUCAGUGUUCGUUUCUUCAGCAAAUCAUCCUUAGCGACAACAAUAUUCAUGGCAGCAUUCCACUAGAAAUCGGUCAGCUUUCCAACCUUUCUGCACUGUUCAUUCCAAACAACAAGCUCACUGGCACCAUUCCUCAGCUUUUUCAGAGUCGCAGAACUCUUGUAUGGGUGAAUCUGCAGAACAAUAGCCUGAGUGGAGAGAUACCUCCUUCUCUGUUCAACAGCACAGCCAUUUCUUACAUAGAUCUGUCAUCCAACAAACUUUCUGGGUCUAUUCCUAUGUUCUCGCUUGCAUCUUCACUGCGCUAUCUUAGCUUGACAGGUAACAACCUCUCCGGUGCGAUACCGACCUCAAUUGCGAACCUUCCUUCCCUAUCUACUCUGACGCUCUCUGGAAACAACUUGCAAGGAACAAUUCCAGAGAGCAUAAGCAAGCUUUCUAGCUUGCAGAUACUAGACCUAAGUUACAACAAAUUAUCAGGCACUGUUCCACUAGGAAUUUACAGAAUCUCGAGUCUUACCUAUCUUAACUUUGGAGCCAACCGACUUUCUGGGAGAAUUCCUACAAAUAUUGGCUACACCCUUCCAAAUCUCAUGAACAUGAUACUAGAAGGAAACCAGUUUGAAGGAGAAAUUCCCACUUCAUUGGCCAACGCUUUAAAUCUGGAAACGAUUUAUUUUCGCAAAAACUCAUUUACUGGUGUUAUCCCUUCGCUAGGAUCCCUUUCCAGAUUAACUUAUUUAGAUCUUGGUGACAAUAAACUUGAGGCUGGAGAUUGGAGUUUCAUGUCAUCCCUAGCAAAUUGCACACUGUUAGAUAAUCUGUGGUUAGACAGAAACAAUCUGCAGGGAAUAAUUCCUGCCUCUAUUGCCAAUCUUCCAAAAGGGCUAAAGGUACUUAUUCUAAUACAAAACCAAAUUUCUGGCAGCAUACCAUCAGAUAUAGAGAAACUCUCUAGUCUGACUGUGUUUCAAAUGGAUUAUAAUAUGAUUUCUGGCAAAAUUCCUAGUACACUUGUAAAUCUUGGAAACUUGUCAAUCCUGAGCUUAUCUUACAAUAGGCUUUCUGGAGAAAUCCCUCAAUCAAUUGGAAAAUUAGUCCAGCUUACCAAAAUUUAUCUUCAGGAGAACUAUUUGACUGGGCAAAUACCUUCUAGUUUAUCAAGAUGCAGAAAUCUGGUAAAACUAAACCUUUCAAGAAACAGCCUCAGUGGAAGCAUACCAUCUGAUUUGUUUUCUAUUUCUACACUCUCGGAAGGAUUGGACAUAUCCUACAAUCAACUCACUGGUCAAAUUCCACCGGAGAUUGGCAGGUUGAUUAAUCUUAAUUCACUUAACAUAUCACACAACCAAUUAUCUGGUGAAAUUCCUUCCUCUCUUGGGCAGUGCCUUCUUUUAGAAUCGGUCAACCUGGAGUCAAAUUUUCUACAAGGAAGAAUCCCAAAUUCUCUUAUCCAAUUAAGAGGCAUCAAUGAGAUGGAUCUUUCUGAAAAUAACUUGUCCGGUGAAAUCCCAACAUAUUUUCAGUCUUUUGAGUUUUUACACACUCUCAAUUUAUCCUUCAAUAAUCUUGAGGGACCUGUUCCUAAUGGAGGUGUGUUUGCAAAUUCAAGCGACGUGUUUAUUGAAGGAAAUAAAAUGUUGUGUGCAAGUUCUCCAAUGCUAAAAUUACCACCUUGCGAGGUUCUUUCAACCAGAAAGAAUAAGACACGCUAUAUUCUAAUUGUAGUGAUUCCAGUCACUACUGUUCUUAUAGUAUCCUUGGCAUCUGUUGUCAUCAUUCUUCUGAAGAAGAGAAAUGGACCUAAGUUAAUGAUCCUCACCGAUUCAUUUAGGCAUUUCAACAAAUUAUCCUACAAUGAUCUGUACAAAGCAACAGAUGGUUUCUCUUCAAUGAAUCUCGUUGGAUCGGGAAAUUUUGGAUUGGUAUAUAAAGGUCGGUUGAAGUUUGAUGAACACAACGUUGCAAUUAAAGUGUUUAGACUUGACCAAAAUGGAGCACCAAAUAACUUUUUUGCUGAAUGUGAGGCACUGAAGAACAUUCGACACCGCAAUCUUAUAAAAGUGAUUAGCCUAUGCUCAACCUAUGAUCCAUCUGGAAAUGAAUUCAAGGCACUUAUUCUUGAGUACAAGACUAACGGCAAUCUCGAAAGCUGGGUCCAUCCAAAAGCUUAUAGUCAAAGACCUACAAAGCAAUUGAGUUUGGGUUCAAGAAUAAGAAUAGCUGUAGACAUUGCUGCUGCAUUAGACUAUCUUCAUAAUCGAUGCACUCCUCCUUUGGUUCAUUGCGAUUUGAAACCAAGCAAUGUCCUUCUGGAUGAUGAUAUGACUGCAUGUCUUAGUGACUUUGGACUUGCAAAAUUUCUUCAAAACAACUUUAUAAGCCGUGAUAAUUCAUCGAGCACUGCUGGACUGAGAGGAUCAAUUGGAUACAUUGCGCCAGAGUAUGGCAUGGGCGGAAAAAUCUCAACUGAGGGUGAUGUAUACAGUUUUGGGAUCAUUCUUCUAGAGAUGAUCACUGGAAAGCGCCCAACUGAUGAAAUGUUUCAGGAUGGAAUGGACCUUCACAGCUUCGUAGAGUCAGCAUUUCCACACCAAAUCAAGGACAUCUUAGAACCCACUCUCACUGAAUGUCAUGAAGGUGAAGAGCAAGAUGAUGAUGUGGUUGAAAUACAAAAUUGUGCCAUACGAUUGGCUAAACUUGGGUUGCUGUGCACAGAGCCAUCACCAAAAGAUCGACCAACAAUGGAUGAUGUUUACGCUGAGAUGAUAUUCACCAAGGAAAAAUACUACGCACUGGUCAACUGACGAAAUGUAAUGAACAUUAUUGAAGUUCACUUGCUAAAGCUAGUAAUAUAGAUUUUUUUUAUCAUCCUUGAAAAGUACCUCAAGGUAGUAGAUACAAUGUAUCUAAAGGCUCUAGUAAUGUAGUGCUGGUAUUCAUCAUUGUAUUUUUUCGGUAGUUAAGAUUAUUGUCUCAUUUUUAUUCAAAAUAAAGCAUUGAAUUACAUCCAGAUACAAAAUUAGGUAUGGGUUAGAAGUAUUGACAGGC